GCUUGAAAACACUCAGACUGAAGCGUCUCUGCGGAGAUUUAACUUUAUCUGACUCCAGGAGAUUAAACGGUUUUUAAUCAUGGAGGAAGAACUGAACUAUGCAAACGUGACUUUUAAGACUAAUGGUGUCUCCACACAGAUCGGCUCUAGAAAAUCGAGCUUCAAAGAAAUAAUUUACGAUGAGGUGAAGACAGAGGAGGAGACGCAGGAAACACAACCGAUCAUAACAGAAAAUGAAAAGAGAGCUCGGUUUCUCCCUCUGCUGUUUUUGGGGAUGAUCUGCUUCAUCCUGCUCCUGGCCAUCAUCGUCCUCAGUGUCUUCACACACGAGCAGAGGAGACAGAUGGGCGUUUUAGCAGAGCAGAGUCUGCAGCUGGCGGCGGUGAGAGCAGCUUUACAGAGACGAACAGCAGAUCUGCACCGAGAGAGAAACCGACUCAACUGGACUCUCGACGUCAUCCUCGAUUACGACAACUUCCCUGCUGCUGAACGCUGCCCACAGAAACAGUGUAAGCCUUGCCCGAACGACUGGGCGAUGUUUCAGUCAAACUGUUACCUGUUUACAAAAGACGAGUUCAGCAAGAACUGGAAAACCUGGGAGCAAAGCCAGGAGUUUUGUGUGAAAGAGAAAGCAAAGCUGGCGGUGAUCGACAGCCAGGAGGAGCAGGAAUUUAUAAACAACAAAACAGAAAAAUACAACGACAAUAAUCACGGCUACUGGAUCGGGUUGAAGAAAGACAAGGAGGACGUGUGGACGUGGGCAGACGGCCGGAACCUCUCUGUGACCUUCUGGUCGACGGAAGACGCUGCGAAUCGACUCUCCUGUGGUUUAAUCAACCCGCAUCACAACCGUUCCUCCAACUGGGCCAAAAGCAGCUGCUACAUGAAGAACCGCUGGAUCUGUGAGACCAGAGUCCUGAUCCGACCCGAUUAGGAUCCACACACUGAACCCAUAUUUAUGACUAUUUAAAACUUAAGCUGUUAAAAUUUUCUGUUUCCAGUUUGUGUUCGUUAUUGUGGAUGUUAUUUAAAAGGAUCUGAUUAAACGCCUCAGACAGGAUCUCUGGAUUUACUUCUGUUAACCAUAAAUCUCAUUUCUGUGCAUAAAUGUUAAACCAGGCACAUGAUUUACUCUGAGAAGAUGAAGCUCCACUGCUUCCUGCACACACUGAUGAUGUGUUUUACAUUAGCUCUGCAUGUUUUCCAUCCUAACAGGAUAUCUGAUGCUAAACGUUUCGUGUUCUCUGCCUGAGGAAGAUCUGAUGAAAUAUGUUCUGGCUGCUCAUUUUG